UUGAUCAACCCCAUGAGAGGAGAUACUGCAUAGGCACCAACAGAGUCCAUCAUGACACGGUUCUAAUGCUGGGGUACAGCCAAAAUAAACUCCACUCUCUCCCAAAACAGCAAUCGUGCAGAAGCACCCCCAAAUCCAGAGAUUUGGGUCGAAAUCUACGAGCGGCGGGACGGCGCUGCUAGCGGAUUGAAAACAGCAGGGCGGCCAGCGGGUGGAAGCGCGUUCAAAAGGAAGGCGAGGAAGAGAGAGCGAGAGAGAGAGAACUAGAGGCUGUCAGGAGCCAUGAGAGAAUACAAAGUAGUCGUUUUAGGUUCUGGUGGAGUGGGGAAAUCUGCCUUAACUGUACAGUUCGUUACCGGAUCCUUUAUAGAGAAAUAUGACCCGACAAUAGAAGAUUUCUACCGAAAGGAGAUCGAGGUGGACUCUUCCCCUUCGGUGUUGGAAAUAUUGGACACGGCGGGGACCGAACAGUUCGCCUCCAUGCGAGAUUUGUAUAUCAAAAACGGACAGGGCUUUAUACUUGUGUACAGUCUGGUAAACCAACAGAGCUUCCAAGAUAUCAAACCAAUGAGGGAUCAGAUCAUCCGCGUGAAAAGGUACGAGAAAGUGCCCAUGAUCUUGGUCGGGAACAAGGUGGAUCUUGAAGGCGAGAGAGAGGUCUCUUCCGGCGAAGGCAAAGCCCUAGCGGACGAGUGGAAUUGCCCGUUUAUGGAAACUUCAGCCAAAAAUAAAGGCUCGGUCGACGAACUGUUUGCAGAGAUUGUUAGACAAAUGAACUAUGCUGCAGCGCCAAAUGGAGACGACCAGUGCUGUUCGUCUUGUGUUAUUCUCUAA